CUGACCGCCGUGCCGCCCUUCAGCAGCACAACCGAGCCGCCCGACAGCAGAGCGGCCGAGCCGCCCAGCAGCCGAGCCGCCCGGCAGCCGAGCCGCCCUGCAGCCGAGCCGCCCAGCAGCCGAGCCGCCCUGCAGCCGAGCCGCCCAGCAGCCGAGCCGCCCAGCAGCCGAGCCGCCCAGCAGCCGAGCCGCCCAGCAGCCGAGCCGCCCAGCAGCGGAGCCGCCGACCCGCCGAGCCGCCCAGCAGCUGAGCCGCCGAGCCGCCGCGCCGCCCUCCUUCCGGGCCGCCCGACCUGCCCAGUCUGUGUUCUCGUCUUUGACGGUGAGGGUCGGGCCAUUGACUUUGAGGUCUGGGUAGAUGACCUGCAGCUGUUCUUACAGUGCGAUAGGGCAGACGGCCUCUCUCUCUUUGACCUCACCUCUGGCGCCUCCACUGCCCCUGCUGCUGAUGCUGACGCCACUGUUCGCUCCCAGUGGGCCACGCGUGACGCUGCUGCACGUCUUGCUGUGCGUCGCCACCUCCCUACCUCCGAGCGUGCGCACUUUAGUCAGUACAAGAGUGCUCAGACCUUGUACGACGCUGUAGUUGCGCGCUACUCCUCCCCUGCCACUGCUGCACUGAGCCGUCUCAUGCUACCGUACCUCUUUCCUGACCUUGCUGCCUUUCCCACAGUCGCUGACCUCAUUACGCACCUCCGCACUAGUGACACUCGCUACCGCGCUGCACUCCCUCCUGACUUCUGCGCCAAGAACCCCCCCCCCAUGUACAUCACUCUUUACUACAUAGUCACUCGCCUUCCUGACUCCCUUCGCGUAGUCCGGGACCACCUUCUCUCUGUCUGUCCCACCACUCUCACUGUUGACCUCCUCGAGAAGUCCCUCCUAGCGGCCGAGAAGAGCAUAGUCGCUGUAGGGGCCUCUCGUGGUGACCCGCGCACCCCCAUCUUUGAGGGGUGUUCCCCCUCCCCCCUUCUGCCCUCUGUUGCCUCUGCUGCUGCGGCCGACCUCCUUGGUCUUGAGUCGGUCGGUGUGGCGUCUGCCCCUGGCGGGAGACGCCGCUCUGGCAAGGGCAAGGGGGGCAAGGGCGCUGGAGGAGCGAGCGGGGGCGGUGGAGGUGGAGGUGGCGGCAGUGGGGGGAGUGGGGGUGGCGGUGGGAGUGGAGGUGGGGGUGGAGGGGUCGGUGGCGGCGGUGGAGGCGGAGGUGGCGGCGGCGGUGGCGGUGGGAGCGGAGGUGGCGGAGGAGGCGGCGGUGGAGGCGGAGGCGGAGGCGGCGGCAGUAGCGGAGGCGGCGGAGGCGGCGGAGGCGGCGGGGGUGGCGGUGGUGCUGGUCGCGGGUCUUCGCAGAGGAGUGGCUCCGGUGGUGGCUCGCGCCAGCAGCAGCAGCGUGGUCGUGAUACCCUGUCCCCUCAGCAGCUUCGUGAGUGGUACACUACGCGUCAGCGGGGUGGGGGUUUUGGUCCGUGCUCCUACGUUUUGCGCACCGGCGACCGUGCGGGUGAGCAGUGUGGGGGUGCCCACCCCACCCAGCGCUGCUUUGGCCGCCUGACGGACGCGUGGCGUCACCAGUUCCCGGAGGCCUCAGAGAUCCCUCGCUGGGGCGAGCUGUCCAGGGCGGGUGUUGCCAUCUAUGAUCUUGACUUUGAUGCUAUUCUCUCUGCCAUGUAUGCUGUGUCUAUUAGUGAUGAGGGUGACUGUUACCGGUGUUUUCCGCCCGACCCGGGCAUUGAGACUGCUGCUCUAGGUACUGGUGAGGCUGCCGCUCUAGGUGCUAGCGAGGCUGCUGCUCUAGGUGCCCGUGUGUCUGCGUCCUCAGGUACUGGUGAGUCUGCGCUCUCAGGUACUACGUCGGCUUCGGCCUCCCUCACCUUCACCCUUGACUCUGGGGCGUCUCGCUCCUUCUUUCGGGACCGCACCACACUCACACCGCUGAGUCGGCCGGUUGCAGUGUCUCUGGCUGACCCCUCUGGGGGUCCUCUCCUGUCUCGCUUCUCCACAGUCCUCCCGUGUCCAGCGGCUCCCUCUGGCACCCUGUCUGGUCUCUACCUCCCCUCGUUCUCUACGAACCUGGUGAGUGGUGCUGACCUCCAGGAUGCGGGUGUACACCAGUUCACUCCUGCGCGUCAGCGGGUGACGCACUGUACAGAGGCUAGCACAGGCCGACACCUGGCUACGUUUACCCGUCAGCCGGGGUCGAGCCUGUACACACUGACCACUGCGUCUCCUCCCGUUACUGAGUCUGGUAGAGUCGCUUCGUCGAGUCGGGUGUUUGCUGGAGCGUCCAGGUCUGGUCCUGAGUCUGCCCCCUGUUCGUGUCGUCUCCUGUCUCACGAGACUCUCCUCUGGCAUCACCGUCUUGGUCACCCCUCUCUGCUUCGGCUCAGAGGCAUGGCCUCCCGUCUUCUAGUGUCUGGUCUCCCCCGGUCCCUCCCUCCCCUUCCUCAGGGCCCUGGCCCUACCUGUGUCCCCUGUGUCGAGGGGCGCCAGCGUGCUGCCCCUCAUUCCUCCCAGUUUCCUCCGACAGAGGCCCCGUUGCAGACGCUUCACAUGGACGUGUGGGGCCCAGCCCGCGUCCGUGGGCAGGGUCACGAGCGCUACUUCCUACUCGUUGUUGACGACUACUCGCGUUACACCGCAGUCUUCCCCUUGCGCAGCAAGGGUGAUGUCACUGAGGUGCUGAUCGACUGGAUCCGCGCAGCUCGUCUCCAGCUCAGGCAGAGCUUUGGCUCUGACUUUCCUGUUCUGCGUCUGCACUCGGACAGAGGCGGGGAGUUCUCCUCUGGCCUUCUGCGAGCCUACUGUCGUGCACGAGGCAUCCGUCAGACCUUCACGCUUCCGGACUCUCCGCUGCAAAAUGGGAUUGCUGAGCGCCGCAUUGGCAUGGUCAUGGACGUCGCUCGUACGUCUAUGAUGCAUGCGGCUGCCCCCCAUUUUCUGUGGCCGUUUGCGGUGAGGUACGCGGCGCAUCAGAUCAACCUUCACCCUAGGGUCUCCACGCCGGAGACCUCCCCAGCCUUGCUGUGGACGGGGAAGGUUGGCGAUGCGUCGGCGUUCCGGGUCUGGGGAUCUCGGGCGUUUGUCCGCGACUUGUCUGCGGACAAGCUGUCCCCUCGUGCUGCUCCUUGCGUCUUCCUGGGGUUCCCCCCCGACGCGCCUGGGUGGCAGUUCUACCACCCCACCUCUCGCCGUCUUCUGUCCUCCCAGGACGUCACGUUCGACGAGUCGGUCCACUACUACCGCCUCUUCCCCUACCGCACUCCGUCCCUCCCCCCGCCCCCGCUCUUCCUUGUACCAGGUCCCCCCCCGGUAGACCCCCUCCCCCCUCAGGGUCCUGCCCCUUCAGGUGUGUCCCAGGUAGACGCAGUCGAGCCUGUCGAGGUCACUGGUGACUCUGGUGCUGCUGAGGGUGCUGAGCCUAGGGGUGCUGAGACUGGGGGUGCUGAGCCUGGGGGUGCUGAGCCUGGAGGUGCUGAGCCUGGGGGUGCUGAGUCUGGGGGUGCUACGCCUGGGGGGUGA